UCGAUCUCUACUCAUUCUUCUCUUUUCUUUUCUUCUCAAUCGAGAUUUUCUAUCCCUUAUCAUUCGUUCUUCCCCAUCGAAAUCUUUUCUUUCUUCAUCAAUAUAGAUGUAUUUCUCACUAUAUAUUUCGAGUAAGCACAACUCAGUUUCGAAUUUAGAGUACAGGGUUUUGGUUUGAUGGAAUAUUCAAUCAUCAUCUAACCUGUAACCCUAAAUUCGAAAAUUGGGUGAAUUUAUUGAAUGACUUCCCCAUUGAUUACUUUACAUAGAAACGUCAACCCCUCCCUUAGUGCAAUUGAUUGAAUUACUUUUGAGGUGUGAGGGAAUUAGGGUUUUGAUGAGAUCCCCAAAUUUUUUUUUCUCUAACCUUCAGAAGAACAAUAUGAGAUAAGAAUUAGCAACCAUCUUUUGAGUUUUAUAUUUUACGUCUGAUCGUGUAGUUUUAUGUUUUGGUAAUUGUUACUAUUUUUUGUUCAUUUUGAUUUUCCAAUUUUAGGUUUGGUUUGGUUGUCUAUGUUGAAAAUGUUAGGGUAAUAAUUCGGAUGAUUACAGUUUUUUUUUCUUUCUGUGCAAGUGAAAAGAAGAGAUCAAUCUUAACCAAACAAGUAGCUUUGAUCCAAACAGGUUGCAUUCUGAAUUACAAUUGUAUACAAUUGUGCAUUUCAGGGUUCAUGUAAACUCUACCAAAGAUUAACUUUGUCAGCAUUACCUGUUUGUGCAAAUUGCCUUAGAAAAUAUUGUUUUUUCAUUUUUUUUUUAUUCAAAAUCUCUGUGCACCUGUUCAUGACAGAUUUAGUUCACCUUUUGCUUUGUAGAUGGCUAGACGAAGUCCAAGAAUUAUUGCAAGGCAAUCUCAGCAACAAAGAGAUGCUGAGUUACAGUGGCUCAGUGAAAAACGGGAUUCGAUGACCGAAGUCGAAAAACAAACGCUCCGUGAAAAAUAUCAUAAUGCUUAUCUCAUUAGGAAAGCAAAGAUUAGAUGUGGAAACACAGCAGAGACAAGCAAUCAAGGUUUACCAGUUUCUGAUUUAGCUGGAGAGCAUAAAGCAGAAUCAAGUUUCAUUCUUAGCCCUAAAAUUGAGCUGCUGCGGAGAGAGCUUCAAUUAGAGAAGCAUCGUACUGCAAUGAGAGAAAGAAGAAGUUCUAUGACUGAAAAUGAAAAGCAUCAGUUCCUUGAAAAAGCCCGUUCGUCAAUGAAAGAAAGAAGAAGUUUAGUGACUGGAAAUGACAAACAGCUGAUCCUUGAACAACUUCGAAGGGCUUAUGAAAUACGAAGAAUAAGAGUGGGUGAGGGAACUAACAAUGAGCACACAGCCGGUCCAAGUAGUGAGCGCAAUGAUGUUCCUGUUAUGAACCUCAGUAGAAGCCCAAGAUUGAUAGAGCAGGGCCAGGCUCAACGUCAGCAUGUUCAGGGUUCAGACAUACGUCUUCCCCGUCGAAGUCCUAGGAUUGUCGAGCAAGUGAAUCAGAUUCGAGAGGAUCACGCCACAGAGGCAUCUCGAAAGAGAAAAGGCAAGGAAGUUGCACACGAUAAACAGAAACAAAGCCGUGCAAAUAGUUACGUUCCAGACAGAAACACUUUGGAAGGCUUAGUUACAAGGUGCGAAGUUGCUGAUCAAGUCAUUACCCGCCAAAGCCCCAGACUUCUCGAGCAAGUGCAGCUCCAAGAUGAGCUUACGGCAGAGGAAUCCCGAAAGAGAAAGGGAAAAGCAGUUGCGGUAUACCAGGUAUUACUUUUACUAAGUUCUGAUUUUAAAUCUAACACCCCUCAUUUGAACAGGCACAGAAUGAGAUGAUGUGUUACUUCAACUGAGGGAAAAGCAGUUGCAUUGUCCAGAUGCACGAGCGCAUGGAGGAUCCAUGUGUUACUUCCAAAGAACAGUUCCAGACACGAAACAACAAAUGUCGUGUAUCCAGAAGUCCUGUCAUAAGUUUGUUUUUAAAAUUUGAUUCUAUUGCUUUUAUCAGCAUGAUGUGUCUAUUCUUGGCUAAUUUCAUUAUCAGUUUGAUGUUUAAUUUGUGUUAAUUGUAAUGUUGAAGGCAACCCUUAAAACCGAUAGGAUUAUUAUUUUUGUUCUUUGCCAAUUGUAGGUUACAUUGGCAAACAAUUGUAGACCAAUUUAAAAAAGUGUACAGAUAGGUUGAGUAACAUAAAAAA